UUCAAAUCCUUCGUGCAGUAAGGAUACACGAUCUUCGACGUCGUUUUUCAACAUCCGGAAGACAUGGCUGGACCCUAUCUUUCACCACUGGGACCGCAGGCUGAUCUUCUUACUGAGUACAUGUUCGGGCGCCGUCGUCAGAGACGCAAUCGGACAACCUUCACUCCUCAACAGUUACAGGAAUUGGAAUCUCUAUUUCAAAAGACUCACUAUCCCGACGUCUUCUUGCGCGAGGAAGUCGCCCUCAGGAUUUCCCUUUCAGAAGCUCGUGUACAGGUAUGGUUUCAAAAUAGAAGAGCAAAAUGGAGAAAACAGGCGCGACUUCAACUGCUUCAGGAUGCAUGGAGGAUGCGUUGCCUUGGUCUAGGAAGUGCUGCACCUCUUUUACUGCGUCCACCUCCAGGACCAGGAGUUGAGCGUCCUGACUCCUCGCCACCUCCUCCACCUUCACCGUCUUCGGCGUUGCCAAAUCCUCAGAUACCCUCGGGCGCUGAAAAAAUUCAAGAGAACAGUUCCAUGUCUCUCUGCAGGGAUUAUCGUAUUUUACCACCGCACGGAUACUCAGUUUCCUGCGACAAAUCACCCGAAAGAAUCAAGUGCGGAUGUGGAUCUCCACCACGGACUUCCGCCAGUCCCUCUGAGACGAUCUCUGCUGUCAGUAUGAGAGAGAGACCUCAGGAAGCUGAAAUGGACCUCACCGUGAAGGGACCUCAUCCUCAAAGACACCCUCAAAUAACUCCUUUAUUUCAUCAUCUUCCAAGUAACACCCAACAGGAUAUAAGUCCUGCCAGUCAAUCUAUGGACGAACCACUAGAUGUUACCCUGAACAGUAGCAAGAACAAUAAUUAAAAUUUUGUUUCAAAUUUACAUUUAUUUUGCACAACAAACAAUAUUAUUGUUCUAUACUGCCCGGAUGAUUUGACCAGUAUCAGUGUUUUUUAUUUUACAAAAAAAAAACAAUUUUAACAAAGUCAAAAGCUAAUCUGAGAUGUUUAGAUUAACGAUGAUCACUCUGUCAUGAUUAAAUUAUGCGAGCGUGAUGGUUUGACUGUA